CAAAAUAAACGUUCCGAUCACAUUUGUCACAUUUGGGUACAGCUGGUAAAAUCAACGUGGACGCGUGUCAGUUUUUAUUAAUAAUAAGCAGUCGUGCAUUUAAUCAGUAAUAAAUCAUCCAAAGCGUGAUUCUGCAGUGGUGAUAGCCCGUUAGUCUAAAAGCUGGAUGAAUUGGGGAGAUGGAGACCGACUCCGACUCCGACUCGUCAGACAGCCGCACUUAUGCGGCGCGGUGGCCGCGGAAACGCCGCCGAGCAGCCAAGUCGCCCCUGAGGCAGUGUGUACGAAGUUUGGCCGCGUUUAUGUUCGGCUUGUUUCUGGCUUCGGUAUACGGAUGUAUCACGUUUUUCCUGCAACAUUACGGGUUCUGGUUCUGCCUGUGCAGUACAGUAACCAUCGCCGCCCUCUGCGCCUUCGGCAUGGGCCUCUUCGUCCGUGCACGCGUCGUCGUGUGGCUUGUGCUGCCCGCGCUGUGUUGUUCCCAUGGGAAGAACUUGCUUCUGUUCCUGAUCUUCUCCAUGGUGACCCGGGGACCCCUGGCCAACACGCUGGAGAAUUUUAACCGUGCAGCGCGAAGCGUGGCCUGUGGGAUUGAACUGGCAAAGAACCAGAGCAGGCAGCUGGUGGAGCGGGCUUCGGCACCGCUGCGGCCCGUGCUGGGUAAGAUAAAGCAGAUUACGAAGAACGCCUAUGCCGUGGCGGGGAGGGUGCAGAGCUUAAUAAGCUCCUUGACAGACUCCGUCAGCCACAUUGCUCGUAUGCUGAGGAACGUCCUAUACUUCCUGGUCAGAAUCGGCGACGUGUGUGAGGACAAGCUGGGCUCACCCUAUAGGAAGUGCGUGAAGGCCUUUAAUGAUGCUCAGAGAAACUGCACUGAACUUCUGGACGCAGCAUCCGGCAUCUGUGACGUAGUGUCUGGCAUGCAGGAUCUGUGCAACCUCACAAAAGUUACCCUGGUGUUUUGUGUUGUCCCCACAUAUGUUAUGACCCAAAUGAAGACCAAGCUGGCUGAUCCCACUGUGGCAGCCCUCGAGAAAAUGAAGCGGCAGUUUGAGUUCGAAAUCUCCGUCUCUGCGCACCUUGACAUGCACGUGAACAGCAGCCGCUCGGCGCAGCAGGUGUCUCAGGAGAUCAUGGAAGAAGUUACUGUUGAGGUUUCCUUCUGGCGGAACAACAUGAAUCUGUUUGCAUACAUGGGGCUCGUCUUCCUGGGGCUCACGUGCUUUCAAGCUGUCUUGUAUAAAAGGAAGUACCUUCACCAGGAUGACUUCGAUAACGUCUAUAUCACGGAGAAAUUUGUGACGAUGGACCUCAGGAGGUCCGAAGACGGCAGGAGCUCGUUACUACCAUUGACCCGGAGAGAGGCCCUCAUCUACAUCAGACCUUGUUCCCUGUAUCUCACAGAAGAAGAGAGACGUGCCACAGCGCUCAACACCAUGUCCGUUCUUAGGCAUAUGGCUGUCGGAGGUCUACUGGUGGCUCUGGACCUGGUGGUCUUUUGGAUGUUUGAUACCGUGUACCAGUUGGCUCAGCGCGAAAUCUUUGUCAAGGCUCCUGUCAUGGUGGCGGUGAACAUGAAUGGAUCAAGCUAUGCCUCAGAUAUGUUCAAGGAUAUUGUGGCGGCAUUUGACGUUCUGCAGAAAGGCAACAUCACCGUCCUUAGCAAGAAAUGCCUGAUAGCGCCAUCAGAGACAAACUACUAUGGGUACAUGUUUAUAGGGCUCCUUUAUGGCUUUUCGCUCUUCAUUGUGGUUGCUGGUAGCUACAUCAAGCGUCUCCGGAGGUUUGUGUGUGCGAGCUACUACCCCAAAAGGGAACGGGAGAGAGUCCAGUUCCUGUACAACCACAUUCUCAGCCAACGGGCAUCCCUCCAGAAGGUACUGCUAAGGUUUGUGGCCAGGAGAAGGGCAGAUGGAGAACCCAGCAGCCUAAUCAGGUCAAUAGCAGCCUACAUCCCUGGAGGGUCCUUCUUAGCACACUGCUUUGGGGCCCCUAUGGUUUGCUGCAUGGCCUGUGGGAAAGAGGCAAAGAUGAGGGAUGACCCAACUAUGUUUGCCUGCUCUACUCCGAAAUGCACAGGCCUGCUGUGUCUCCAGUGCCAUCACAGCCUGGGCAAAAUCUGCCCCGUAUGCAUGGGGCCUUUGAUCUUUCAGGAAGACUCUGAGGAAGAGAUAGACUCCAGCGAUGACCAGCAAGUUGGCCUGUGGACAGCCGCCUUGACGUCAAUGUCGCAUCAUGGCCAUGGGAAGGACACAAGGCAGCUGCUGAAGCUGAGGAUUAGAGAGGCCUUGAGGAGGAAGCCGGCUGCUGCUGGAGCCGAAUACUCAGGAAGAGACAGUGACACUAACAGUGACAUCAGUGUCCAGAGCAGCACCAGCGGGCCGGACAUGGCCUACCAGGAGCAGGUUAUCCGGGACGACUCUGAGUCCAGUGACCACGAUCUGGAGCCCUUCCUAGCUGCUUGUGUGCGCCGCGAGGACAAGACACAGGCUGUGUUCACCGAUUCCUCCAGCUCCCAUGAUGAUGACAUGUUCUCCAAAAAUGCACAUCUGCAUGAGGUCAUGGUGCACAGCUCUCUGAUGCCGAAGCCCUCAGGACAAACACAGGAGGUCCCAGAUACACUUAAGUUGCAGGACUUACCAACAGAUGAGCAAACCCCAAGUAAUAUGUAACACUUUUGUGGUAAUAUGUAACUUUGAAAACAAUAAUGUAACACUGUCAGGUAUUAAUAUAUAUCACUUUUAAGGCAGUAAUAUAUAGGUACACUUGAUUAUUUCACAAUUUUUACUGCUGAAUAUGAUUGUUGUUUUAGCCAGUCCAAAGUGCUUUCUUAGAGCUGGAACUGAAGCCAUUAUAAAACUAAGAGUUCAUAUUAUCAUACGUAAUGAUAAACUGUAAUAAAAAUGGCAGAGCUGUUUACUGGCA